UUGAUCAGUAGUUAACUUGUUACCACACACCUCCACAGCAUAGAUAGAGUCAACUGUAUAUAUGUUCACUUGUUAGCACUCCCUAUUAUUCAUUAAGGCAGUAACGUGAGAAUUUGUCCCAUUAGAGACAUUAAUACUGAAGAAAGGAAUAGUUAGGCACGAAUGACGGCUACUCAAUAUAACUACAAUAGGCGUAAUUCAAAUACUACUCCAUAUACCAUUCCUGUCAAGGUCCAACAGCAACAGCAUGCUAAUCAUCCUCACCAUGCUCAUCAACAUCACCAUCAUCACCAUCCAGGAAAUGCAUUAUCACCCACUUCUAGCUAUAUAAACUCACCACCAUUAUCUAGUUCAGUUCCUACUUUAUCAAGAGAAUUCGUAGUAAGGAGAAUUAGUGAAGGUGAGACAGGUAGAUUAAAGGAAGAAUUAAGGUGUGAAGCUUGUGGAAAAGGGUAUAAGCAUAUCUCAUCAUUAGCUAAACAUCUUUGGGAACAUACACCAGAAUGGAACGUUACUAAGAAGUUACUCAUAUCUAAACAUCAACAAGUUCAAUUAUUAGAGGCUGCUAGUAUUUUGGUUGGAAUGAAUGAACCAGGUACUGUUACAAGUGGUCAUCAUCAACCUCCUCGACUGGCUUCUCAUUCUCAUAGUAAUUCUCAAACUCAUGCACACCAAAACUACAGCGAUGAAUCACCAUUCUCUCCUGUGAAUUCGGCAGAUACAAAUCAUACUACUCCAACUCCACCUGCAGAUGAGAAUGCUUCUGUGGUUCUACCACCAUCAUUUAAAAAUACCUUUGACAACAAUUCUGACAUUGAACAUCACCAACAAGAAGAUGCUAAGUCGGGUAAGUAUAAUAGAAUGAAUUCAAUCAGUCAGUAUCCUCCAUCUCUUCCUAACUCCAAUAAUCAUGCCCUUCCACCUUCAUCGCCUGCUAUGCUUGGUGGAUAUCUUGAUAAUAACAAAUACGUAACGAAAACUACCCCAUCUGCUAGUAUACCUUCGACAGCUACUAAUGAUGAAUUAAAGUCACCAUCUCCUUCAUAUAAGGCUGUUCCUAGCAGUAUCAGUAAAUCACCUAUCUUAGCCAACUUUACUAGAUUGGAUGAAGUUGUCAAAACCAAAGUCGUUGAUGAGGACGACAUUGAUGACAUUGAGGUGAACCAAUCAUUCCAGGAUGAUGAAGAAGUGGUAGGUAAAUUAGAGGCAUAACCUUUACCAUCAUACAUCCGCAACAGUAUAGCCAUGAUCUAGUUGAUCUAGAGUUUCAAAGAAAAAAAUAUAAAACAUAAAAAGCUCAAAUUUGGAUUCUUAAAAGUGUAUCUUAUUUAUUAUUUAUUUAUCUAUCUUACCCGUCUAUCUAUCUUUAUGUUUUUAGCUUCAGACAUUUUUGUUGUUUCUUAUUCUUUUUUGGUUUUUAGUAUAAUUCACAUUUUAUCUUUCAUAUGUUCAA